CCCUCCCUACCAUUUUCGUUUCUUGGCCUCCGAAGGAAUCACCAAACCCUAAUAAUGGUGGCCCGCGACAAGAAGAAGAGGGAGGAGUCCCGCCGCCGCGAUUUGCUGAUGAAAAUGGAGAGGUUGACAAAACUUGAUUUACCAACUGCUUCUACGUUAACCAUGGACGCCCCUCUGCCGUACCCGCGUGAGGCGGAGAAGAAGCAUGUGGCUGGUUCUGCAUCUGGAAAAAUGGAUCUCUCUCUCUUGGAGGAGCCUCUCGAAGCUACAACAUCGGAGUUGACACCGCCCAUUUUGGCUGUGAAUUGCAAUGACUGGGGUAUUUCAUUUUACAUCAGGACUGAUGGUGGGGGCUAUUUACACACAUAUCCUGACGUGGGUGGGCCAUUCAAGACCCUACAGGAUGCUCGAGAGGCUAUUGAUACCUUUCUUCGUCGGCGCCAGGACCCAACAAUGUUCAUGGAUGGGCUUUCUUAUGCGGAGAGGAGUGUAAAGUGGACUCUUUACUGGCCUGAUGGCACUAGGAAGACGCCUUCAAAAUCUCAACAAGUGGAUUUAACCCGGAAUUGGACGUACCAGUUGGCUCAUGCUUUGAUGGAUGGGUAUAAUGAGAAGCACAGUCUUACGGAGGAUCGUGCACAUCAAGUCAAAGAAGUUGUGUGCAUCGAAGCAAUUUUUGAGGGUGAUGUGUUUAAGUGGUACAAUCAUAUCAAUUUCACUACAAGGGCUAAAGGAGACCAUGGCAUCACCACCAAUCUAUUUUUUGCCGAAGUCAUAUCUACAAAAGGAGAACUUGAGGAAUUGGCUCCCAGCUGUUUACGAAUGCUUGAACCUUCUGAUAAUGGUAUGUGCCAUGGUUGUCAAAAUAAUGGAAGUGGUGAGCAUAUGAAGCACCCCAAGGAUGCUUCUGCAUACACGGGUGGUCACAUGAGGGACACAGUUUUUUUCAAAGGACCUGGAUUGCCUCCCAUGGAAUACCCUGUAGAUGAGGACGAACUGCAUCGCGCUGAGGAGGCUAGGUUAAGAGCCAAGCUCACGGCCUAUGAGGAUGCAAGCGUUUUUGAAAAGUUCAAGGGCCCACAGCCUGGCCCCUUUCUGGUCAGAAAACCUCUUGUUGAAACCGAAGAAAUGCGGCAGUUCUGGUCGUCUAUAUAUGGCUCCUGAAGUGAAAGAUGACACCCCUUCACUUCCUUUUGACCAAAUAACGCCAUCAAGCAGAACCUUUACACUAGUUAUUAAUGCUGUCGCGUUGUGCACUAGUUAAACUGUUAUAAGAACGUAAUCUCUGACGAGUGAUGUUUUCAUAAGUUUGCUUGUAACAUGACUUGUGCGUUCU